GAAAGGCAGCUCGGAAUGUGUGCGAUGUGCUUGCUCUGAGUGCAGCCCCGGAUGUAGUCAGGAUGUGCUGUGGGAACGAGGGAGGUGGACAGGAUCGGCGACUCGCGUUUUAUAGUAAUAACCAUAAUGGGGACCAGCAGGUAAUAAAAACCGCUUUGGUGGAAGACAAAAAUUGGCCUAUUUAAAUGGUGAUUGAAAGCAGGAGGAUGUACAUCCCCGAAGAAAACCACCAAGGCACCAAUUAUGGUAACAGGCGAGCAGCCCUUACACAUGGCCUUCCCAAUGCCAAUACAGACGGAUUGGCUCCAGAGCACAUACCAGGUCCGGGGGCUGCCCUGUCGUGGCAGACAGCGAUCGACGCGGCCAGGCAAGCCAAAGCCGCCGCGAUGAUGGACAACAAUAUGGUCUCGACGGCCAACUCGACCCAAAGGAAAAGGCAACCGUACAACAAGCAGAAAAAACAAGUUAACUCGACGACCACACGGCCACCACGGGCUCUCUUCUGUUUGACUCUGAAGAACCCCGUAAGGCGAGCAUGUAUCAAUAUAGUCGAAUGGAAGCCAUUCGAAAUAAUUAUUCUUCUAACUAUUUUCGCCAAUUGUGUGGCCUUAGCUGUCUAUAUACCGUUCCCAGAAGACGACUCGAAUGCAACGAAUGCCAAUCUGGAGCGAGUGGAAUACCUGUUUCUCAUCAUUUUUACAGUGGAGGCUUUUUUGAAAGUAAUAGCUUAUGGACUUCUCUUUCAUCCCAAUGCGUACCUCAGGAACGGCUGGAAUUUACUAGAUUUCAUUAUAGUGGUUGUAGGGCUUUUUAGUGCUAUUUUAGAACAAGCCACCAAAGGAAUUAAUCCAAUCGGAGGUAAAACUGCUGGAUUUGACGUCAAAGCUCUAAGAGCAUUCAGAGUCCUACGGCCACUACGCCUAGUGUCUGGGGUUCCCAGUCUCCAGGUGGUAUUAAACUCAAUCAUCAAAGCAAUGGUCCCAUUGCUACAUAUUGCUUUGUUGGUGUUGUUUGUCAUCAUCAUCUAUGCCAUUAUAGGAUUAGAACUCUUCAUGGGAAAAAUGCACAAGACCUGCUUAAUUAAUGGAACAGAAGUAAAUUUGGAAGAUGAGGCUGCACCCUGCAGCUUAAACUUUGGGCAUGGGCGUCGAUGUACAAAUGAAACAUUUUGUAAAGGUGGAUGGGUUGGCCCCAAUGCCGGAAUCACUAAUUUUGAUAAUUUUGCCUUUGCCAUGUUAACCGUCUUUCAAUGCAUCACCAUGGAGGGCUGGACUGAUGUCUUAUACUGGAUGCAGGAUGCCAUGGGGUAUCAGUUACCUUGGGUCUAUUUUGUGAGUCUGGUCAUCUUUGGAUCUUUUUUCGUUCUAAAUCUGGUUCUUGGUGUGUUAAGUGGAGAGUUUUCCAAAGAGAGGGAGAAGGCCAAGGCACGUGGUGACUUCCAAAAGCUAAGGGAAAAACAACAGUUAGAGGAAGAUCUCAAAGGUUACCUGGACUGGAUUACCCAAGCUGAAGACAUUGAUCCAGAAAAUGAAGAUGAAGGCAUGGAUGAUGAUAAACCUAGAAACCUGAGCAUGCCCACCAGUGAAAGUGAAUCUGUGAACAAUGAGAAUGCGGCUGGUGCAGAAUUAGAAGAUUUGAAUUGCUGUGCUAGACUUGGGCACAGAAUUUCCAAGUCCAAGUUCAGCCGAUAUUGGCGGAGAUGGAACCGGUUUUGCAGGCGGAAAUGUCGAGCAGGCGUGAAGUCAAGUGUGUUUUAUUGGCUUGUGAUAUUUCUAGUAUUCCUCAACACCCUCACCAUUGCAUCAGAACACCACAAACAGCCCAAUUGGCUUUCUCAAGUUCAAGAUACAGCAAAUCAAGUUAUUUUGGCCCUUUUCACCGGUGAAAUGAUACUUAAGAUGUACAGUCUUGGAUUACAAGCUUAUUUUGUGUCACUCUUUAAUCGUUUUGACUGCUUCAUUGUCUGUGGGGGAAUCCUCGAGACGAUUCUAGUGGAGACCCAGGUUAUGUCUCCACUUGGUAUCUCGGUGCUUCGCUGCGUACGGCUUUUACGGAUAUUUAAAAUUACAAGAUACUGGAAUUCCUUGAGUAACCUGGUGGCUUCUCUAUUGAACUCUGUCCGGUCCAUUGCUUCUUUGUUACUGCUCCUCUUCCUUUUCAUCAUCAUUUUCUCUCUCCUGGGCAUGCAACUCUUUGGAGGAAAGUUCAAUUUUGAUGAGAUGAAACCAAAACGGAGUACAUUUGAUAACUUUCCUCAGUCACUCCUUACUGUCUUCCAGAUCCUGACUGGUGAAGACUGGAACUCAGUGAUGUAUGAUGGGAUAAGGGCCUAUGGAGGACCAGCUUUCCCUGGGAUGUUGGUCUGCAUUUAUUUCAUCAUUCUCUUCAUCUGUGGGAACUAUAUACUUCUAAAUGUAUUUUUAGCCAUUGCUGUGGACAAUCUGGCAGAUGCUGAGAGUUUGACUUCUGCCCAGAAGGAGGAGGAAGAAGAAAAGGAACGCAGAAAACUGGCAAGAUACUCCAGUCCGGCAAAAACUAAAGACAUUGAGAAGCCACCCAUUGAAGAGGAAAAGAAAGAUGAAAAGAUAGAGCUGAAGACAAUAACUGCAGAUGGAGACACGCCGCCUGCUACAAAGGUUGGAUUGGAUGACUACCAGUUUGAAGAGAAUGAAGAGAAAAAUCCUUACCCAUCCAAUGAAUUUCCAGGUGAAGAUGACGAAGAUGAGCCCGAAAUGCCAGUGGGACCACGUCCUCGCCCACUCACCGAACUCCAUAUAAAAGAGAAGGCUGUCCCCAUGCCUGACGCUAGCGCCUUUUUCAUCUUCAGUACCACGAACAGGUUUCGAGUGCUGUGCCACAGAAUUGUCAAUGACAACAUUUUUACAAAUCUCAUCUUAUUCUUCAUUCUGUUGAGUAGUAUUUCUCUGGCAGCAGAAGACCCUGUACAGCAGGACACCAGAAGGAACGAAAUCCUUACAUAUGCAGAUUAUGUCUUCACUAGUAUCUUCACAGUGGAAAUAAUAUUAAAGAUGACAGCAUAUGGGGCUAUCAUUCACAAGGGGUCCUUCUGCAGAAAUUACUUCAACAUACUCGACCUGGUGGUGGUCAGCGUGUCUCUCAUUUCUUUUGGAAUGAUCUCCAGUACAAUAGCAGUGGUAAAGAUAUUACGAGUGCUGCGUGUGUUGCGACCUUUGCGAGCCAUCAACAGAGCAAAGGGAUUGAAGCAUGUCGUUCAGUGUGUAUUUGUGGCCUUGAGAACUAUCGGUAAUAUCGUCAUAGUGACCACACUGUUACAGUUCAUGUUUGCAUGUAUUGGAGUACAACUAUUCAAGGGUAAAUUCUACAGCUGCACUGAUGAAUCCAAACAGAGGGAGUCUGAAUGCAAAGGCCAAUAUAUUUCGUACAAAGAUGGGGAUGUAAAUCAGCCUGUGAUAAAUGAACGGAAAUGGACGAAUAGUGAAUUCAAGUUUGAUAGUGUUCCCACUGCAAUGAUGGCUCUGUUCACAGUUUCAACGUUUGAAGGAUGGCCCCAGUUGCUUUAUCGGUCCAUUGAUUCUCAUACAGAGGACACUGGUCCUAUUUACAACUACAGAGUGGAGAUAUCCAUCUUUUUCAUCAUCUACAUCAUCGUUAUAGCCUUCUUCAUGAUGAACAUCUUCGUAGGUUUCGUCAUUGUCACAUUUCAGGAACAGGGGGAACAAGAAUACAAAAACUGUGAGCUGGACAAAAAUCAGAGACAGUGUGUGGAAUAUGCCCUCAAGGCUCGGGCGUUGCGCCGUUAUAUUCCAAAGAAUCCUUAUCAAUACAAAGUCUGGUAUGUGGUUAAUUCCACAUACUUCGAAUACCUGAUGUUUGUCCUCAUCCUGCUGAACACUAUCUGCUUGGCUAUGCAGCAUCAUGGCCAGUCGCUGUUUUUUGGCCAAGCCAUGGAUGUCCUCAAUAUGCUGUUCACUGGACUCUUCACGGUCGAAAUGAUUUUGAAGUUAAUCGCUUUCAAGCCCAGAGGUUACUUUAGUGAUCCCUGGAAUGUUUUUGACUUCCUCAUCGUAAUUGGCAGCAUUAUAGACGUCAUUCUGAGUGAGAUCAAUCACUAUUUUUGUGAUGCAUGGAACACAUUUGACGCCUUAAUUGUUGUGGGUAGCGUUGUUGAUAUAGCAAUCACAGAGGUGAACCCAGCUGAAAAUAACCCAUCCACUUCCAUCCCCAUGGUUAUCCAGAAUUCAGAUGAGAACUCAAGGAUCUCAAUCACCUUCUUCCGUCUGUUUCGGGUGAUGCGCUUGGUGAAACUUCUAAGCCGGGGUGAGGGAAUUCGGACACUGCUCUGGACUUUUAUCAAAUCAUUUCAGGCUUUACCAUACGUUGCUCUUCUGAUAGUAAUGCUGUUUUUCAUCUAUGCCGUGAUAGGAAUGCAGGUGUUUGGUAAGAUAGCCAAUAACGAUGCCAAUCACAUUAACAGGAACAACAAUUUCCAAACAUUUCCACAAGCUGUUCUGUUGCUCUUCAGAUGUGCUACAGGUGAAGACUGGCAGGAGAUCAUGUUAUCCUGUCUCCCAAGAAAACCUUAUGAAGGAGAGCAACUUGAGGACGAUUUAUCCAGCGGAACCAAUUUUGCUUAUUUCUAUUUUGUCAGUUUCUACAUGCUGUGUGCCUUCUUGAUCAUUAACCUCUUUGUGGCUGUAAUCAUGGAUAAUUUUGACUAUUUAACACGUGAUUGGUCCAUCCUUGGUCCUCAUCAUCUGGACGAAUUUAAGAGAAUUUGGGCUGAAUAUGACCCUGAGGCCAAGGGUCGCAUCAAGCACUUGGAUGUAGUCACUCUCCUGAGACGGAUACAGCCACCUUUGGGAAGAUUUCCACAUCCCUACCCUCUUCCUAUUUCAGAUGAUGAAGUGACUGUCGGGAAGUUCUAUGCCACAUUCCUAAUCCAGGAUUAUUUCAGAAAAUUCAAGAAACGAAAAGAACAGGGCACUGUUGGGAAAGCAGUGCAGAAAAACUCCCUCUCUUUGCAGGCGGGACUGCGUACUUUGCACGACAUUGGCCCGGAGAUUCGGCGAGCCAUAUCUGGAGAUCUGACAGCAGAAGAAGAGCUGGAAAAGGCAAUGAAGGAAGCUGCUUCAGCUGCAUCUGAGGAUGAUAUUUUCAGGAGGGCCGGUGGCUUAUUUGGUAACCAUGUUGGCUAUUACGGAAGUGACGGUCGAAGCAGCUUCCCACAGACUUUCACCACUCAGCGCCCUUUACACCUCAAUAAAUCGGGAGCCACGCAAGAUGAAACGGAGUCGCCAUCCCACGAGAAACUGGUUGAUUCAACGUUCGCUCCGAGCAGCUAUUCCUCCACGGGAUCUAAUGCCAAUAUUAACAACGCAAACAACACUGCAAUAUCCAGAUUUCCAAGCCCAGCCAAUUACCAAAGUACUGUCAAUACAGUGGAUGGUCAUGGCAAUUCUCUAACUUCGACACUUUCCUUGCAAGGCGCAGCAUGGAAGAUCAAUCCCAAAAGGACACGGUAUUAUGAAACACUUAUCCGCUCUUACUCUGAAGAAAGCCACUUGCCCAUCAUUCAACGAGAGGAAGCGUUACCUGAUGAGACAUGCGAUGAAGACUUUAAUAAAGAUGCUGAUUGCUGCAAUGAAGAGAGCAUGCUUUCAUCACAAUUAAUUCCCCAUCAAGAGGAAUAUGAAGAUAAUCAACUAGGUUCUUCAGAUGACUGCUGUGAUAAAGAUAGUUUUUCUCCUUCAAAGGGGCUGCUUUCAGCAACAUUGUUAGGGAGAAGAUCAUCAUUUCACCUUGAAUGUCUAAAGAGACAAAGGAGCCGAGGCUUGGACGCAGAGUGUACAUCCCCACUCUCACAGCGGACUGCACUACCACUACACUUAAUUCAGCACCAGGCAUUAGCAGUGACAGGUUUGAGCCCACUGCUAAGAAGAAGCCAUUCUCCAACACAAUUUUCCAGGUUAUGUGCAACACCUCCAACGACUCCAUGCAGUAGGCGGAGGUUACAGCAGCAUAUUCCAACAUUAUUUGUCGAUGGCAUUGAAUCAUAUGAGAAACUGAACAGCAGCCUUCCAUCAGUAAACUGUAGCUCCUGGUACUCUGACAACUCACAUGGGAAUGUCAAAAAAGCCAGGCCAGUCUCCCUGACUGUACCCUCUCCCUUCAAAGAAAAGGGAAUUGAGUGUCAUGGCAGCGCGAGUAGUUUAGUAGAGGCGGUUCUGAUCUCAGAGGGGCUUGGUCGAUACGCACGAGACCCAAAAUUUGUGGAGGCAACAGCCCAUGAAAUUGCUGAUGCCUGUGAUAUGACAAUCGAGGAGAUGGAUAGUGCUGCAGACAACCUGCUCAAUGGCAACACUAAUGCAAGCCCAAACGGCAAUCUGUUACCCUUUGUAAACUGCAAAGAAUACCAGCAACAGGAUGUUGCGCAAGGCUGCGUGGAAGUAGAGCCAGACCGUGGGAAAAGUGAGGAGGAGUUUACAGAUGAGAUGAUUUAUGUUAGCACCCUGUAGUCAUAGGAAAUAGUUUUUAUUAUUUGCUUAAAAUCAGUUUGUUUCAGAAGUGCCUCACUGUUCUUGUGAUCUGAAAGUAACCAGAACAGCUGCUUUGUUCAUUUGCUGUUGUGAAUUGGGAGCUCAGUUCUUUAAAAAAAAAAACUAUUAUUAAAAAAUCUUGACUUCAGGUAGCAAACUGGCAUGACCUUUGAACCUGCAACAGAAACACUACCCGACAUCUCAAAUUUGCUAAAAACACAUCAGGAUCAAGAGUACAGAGGGGGGGAUGCUGGGUAUCCAACAGACGUUGUUUGUGUAUCUUUAAGAAAGAACUGCAGAUGCUGGAAAAAUUGAAGGUAGACAAAAAUGCUGGAGAAACUCAGCGGGUGAGGCAGCAUCUAUGGAGAGAAGGAAUAGGCAACGUUUCGAGUCGCGACCCUUCUUCAGCCCGAAACGUCGCCUAUUCCUUCUCGCCCUAAAUGCUGCCUCCAGCAUUUUUGUCUACCUUGUUUGUAUAUCUGAAUGUUUGGCCAUACUAUCUAGAUCAGCCUUGAGGUUUUAACAGAAAGCAAUGCUAAGAGGAUACACACAAGCUGAUUAUAAAUAUAUUUUGUGAAGAAUGUGUCCAUCCUGCUACAGAAUACCUCAAAAAGUAAAAUUCCUUGUACUCUGAUUAAAAAAAAAAAAAAGAAUUUUAAGAGAUGGAUAAUCUGUAGUAAAUUGACAAAUGCAUAAUAUGGAGACAAUGAUCACAUGAUUUUAGCUAUCCCAACUGUAGCUUUUGAUGAUGGAGAACUUGUUGGUAAAAUAAUCUUUCUAAGAGAGCUUGUAUCCUUUAUAACUAAGCCAUGAGCUGUUUGGUGUUCAGUUCAUAACAUUCUUUUCCAAUGGGUUUGCAUUCUGAAUGCAUGGUUAAUUCUUACUUUGAUGUGGCUCAUUUUGUGUUUUAGCAAUUAUGGACCAGCCACUUCAUAAUUUUUUAAGUUGUGAUUUUUUUUUUUUUUUACUUUUCAUUAUUUUUAAUCUGAUGUGGACACACCUAAGUUCCUGCUAUAUGCAUUCCCUAAAGGAACCAUGUACAGUUUAGAGAAUUAUACGUUCUUUUACAUUGGUAAUUUAAACAAUAUCAGUAUCAUCGUUCCAAGUAAACGCAUACCUUCGAGCCAUGGACUGCUCAGAUCUUGCAUGAUAUUUAUAAACCAUUUUAAUUUUAUCUAAACACCUAAACAGCGCAUCUGUGGUAGAUUUGAGUCUGCAAUGAUUUACACCGUGGAUUUUUUUAUUGGAGUGGAGAUUAAUUUGUCCAUCGUCGAAUCUCAUCCUCUUGUGUGCCACAAGAUAUGCAAAAACAAUGCAAUAAAGUGUUACUGUAAUCAAGGCUAUAAACAUAUUAACUUAAAAACAUAGAUUAUAAAUGUAUGAAUGUGUGUAUAUAUGCAUCACACUGAAUUGAUAUAACUAUGAAUUGAUAUAUAAAUAUUAUAUUCACUGUGAUGUUUCUUGUAUUUGUUUUUGUUUAAUAACCUGUAAUACUUGAAAUCAGGUCGGUAUCAGUAUUUGAAAAAAAGACCAAAAAAAAGCAGUGCAUUUUUAAUGAAUUUAUUGAGUACGUUGGUGUAUAUUUGAUGCAUGAACACUCAAGUAUUCAAGUGUGCCAAGCUAUACAAUAUAUAUAUAAAUAUAUAUACUUAUUUUAACUUCAAAAUGCUUUCUAAAUCUGAAAAAAUGAAACCUUUUUUAAUCAAAAUUAAAAAUGUACAUAUUGUGGUCAAUAUGAUAUGGCAUCUUCACAUAAAUAACAAAUACUGAUUUUGCAUAUCUUGUGCUCACUUCUUGUUGUAUUGGUUCUUGUUGCCUUUUGUUUUCACCCUGCCUUGCAACUUUUCAGAGCACUGAGAGUAUCUUGGAGGAGAUAUAAUAAGUAUUUAAAUGUUCAAUUUAUUUUUGUUUUCAUCUGACUCUUUCAAGUGGCAGUAAGCUGUUCUUGUGCCUUUAAUAAAAGUGGAAUCUCAGCUUUAUCUUUAAAUUGUAAAUUUCACAAGUUUGGUUGGUUCCCAACAGUGAACUUGUGGGGGCUUUUUUUUGGAGGAAAAUAAGCUUGUAGACUACAUCAAAAACAAGACAAAAGCUAAAUAUUUUAAAAAAUGAGUAAGUUAAUGGUAUUUUGGUUAGUUUGUUUUAUCUAGGAAUGCCUUUACUUCUCCUACAAAAGAUUUUCCACAAAUGAAGGAAGAUAUUAUUUUUGAUAUUCCUAAAUUAUGAUAAAUAAAAAAAGGAAAUAUAAACCAGUAGUAGUCAGAUGGUGUCAUCCCAUCUAAAAUGCACUGCGAGGAAAUUAAGUUAGAGCAACCCUGUAGUUUGUAGACAAAAACUGCAGUGUUCUGAAUUGGUGUUUCGAACCAUUUAAAAUGAUUGGCAAUGAGUUCAGCCUUCAAACACAGUUUUAGAAAAAGUACUGCUUAGCAACUUGAAUUUCUGCAAGUAUUAUCCAGGUAAACUUCACUUUGUACAUUAAAUGAUAAACAUGAAUAAGAAAUGAGAGGUGUGAAUGUGCCAGCACCAUAGAUUUUAAAUAUACAAUCAUUCUGCUGCUAAAGGCAUCAUCGGGUAUGCUGAUUUGAUCUAAGUUGCACAUUGUGAUUAUUAACUUAAAGUAGAUUUUUUUUUUAGUAAUUUAUAAUCUGAGCUUUCUCUUUGUGAAAUCUAUAGAAAAUAUUCUUUAAACUCAAAGGCAACAGAAUUGUGUGAGAAUGGAUUUUAAAAGCUAUUAUAUUUCCCCUUAAAAUUCGUUUAAUAAUCAUGUAAAUGGAGGGAACUACGCAACAAAUGCCAUUCUUUGACGUUAAUAUUUGUUUUAAGUGAAAACAAAUUUCAUGCAACACACCUAAUCUGAUUAGAAAAUAUUUCCCAUAUUUCUAAAAUAUACAUCUUGAUUAUACACAAGUUAAAUUUACAAAACUUAUAAAAUGUUCCUGGUAAUUUAAUCUAUAUUGUUUUUGGUGAUCAUUUAAUACAUUAUGAGGUGAAACAAUCAUUAUAUUAAUCACUCAUUUUGAAAUAAUUUUAAGGAACUUCCAUAGGAUAGAUUGAACGGAGGAAUGGAUUUGUAAAUUGCUGACAAACAAAUACUUACAUUAACAUUUUGCAAAUCAUUUCAAAUGUCAACUUUUGUUGCUCCAAUUGGAUCUAGAGUUAGCAGUGUAACUACCACAAGCUCGUCAAAUGUUAUUUAAUUAUCUACUGGAGCCUUAACUUAAACUGGUUUCCACUUAAAUUAGUACCCGUAACAUUUUAUCUUUG